ACACGUACCCCGUCGCCCUCCUGUGCGGGCUCAGGAACGCCGUGCACAGGCUGGAGUUGACCAGUUUAAAGUGAGGUCUGGAAGGAGAACAGCUCCGGUUUCACCAUCGCUGAGCUGGCUGAGUGAGUCUACUGGGUUUUUCAAAGUGCGAAUCCCUUGGUCUUUGUGAAGACUUUUAGUGUGAGAUUGGUCACCCUCCUGGCUCUUUUCUACAGACUUUUUUUUCUUUCCUACUUUGCUCGAGCUGGAAUGCAUGAAUGGGCUUUGCUGUGCGAGGGCAUAGACAUGUGUAUCAUACACCCUUCUCUGGUGACUCAUUUCGACAUAUAACAGAUGCCUCACUCUCCAAAUCUCAGGGGUAGUGGAUGUACGCCGAUGUACGACACCUCAGAAAUUGAAGCCAGAGAAGCCUGCGACUGGCUGAGAGCUGCCGGUUUUCCCCAGUACGCUCAACUAUUUGAAGAUAUGCAGUUUCCUAUUGAUGUAAAAACUGUGAGGAAAGAUCAUGAAUUUUUAGAUGGAGAUGCGAUCGAAUCACUAUUCAGACGGUUGAACACAUUGAACAAGUGUGCAUCAAUGAAAGUGGAAAUAAGACGUCAGAGGAACCGCAGUGAUGACUCUGAAGAUGAUGAACCAUGUGCAAUAAGUAACAAAUGGGCUUAUGAGAGGUGCAGUCAGAGAUGGGCUCGUAUUGAGAGCACAGAAGGCUUCCCAGGACAGGAAGGUGCUAGCACGUCAGCCCCAGGCAGUCCAAUACUGAAGAGCAUCAGCAACGAGGAUACUGUCUUUCUGGAACACGGCGAGAAACAUGAUGUGUCCUCAGUUCACAGUACUAGCAGUGGUGACAGUGACACUGGUAGCUUCCCAAAGCCUUUUGAAGGUGUGGAAACCAGCGCAAGUUCCUCAAGAUGUUCCUCAAUUAAGGUAGCUUCAUUGGACUCUACCUUUAGUUGUUCUCUUCCCCACAGUGAAUUUUUAAAUGCCACCAGUGAGGAGAAGCUUUUGGAUAAGUCACCAUAUAAAAAAAGAAAGAGCCUUCUAAAGAAAAUGGAGAAGUUGCACUUAAGGAGCUGCAACUUAAGGAGUGGUCAGUCAAAGGCCAAACCCAUAAUAAGUGAACCUGUUCUUCUGGAAGGACUUAAUGAAGAAAAGAUGAAGAUGCUGAACUGUGUAAAUAUUUCUGACCUCUCUGGCAUCCAAACAAAGAACGGUUCUUCCUUUUCUCCCCAGAGUUGCAAUAGCAGCAAUCAGUCUGAAAAUAGCAGCACAGUAGGUGCUACAAGUCCUAUUAUAAAACCACGAAGCCACUGUGAAGUAAAGGGGGUGUAUGCAGAGGACUUGGAUUCUCGCAAGCUCUUGCUGUGGAAUGAUCUAUCUGAACAAAACCUAAAAAAUGACACGAAGUUACAAAUGAACCAGAUGUUUCAAAUACCACAAGGCCAUAAACCUGGCACUUUCCCCAAAGCACUUACGAACAGCUCCCUGGCUCCAGUAGACAACUCUUCCAUCAACUGGAGAACUGGGAGUUUCCAUGGAUGCAGGAGGAACCGGAGCAGAAGCAGUUCCAAGGACUCCAAAGCCCCCAGGAGUCCCCUUUCAUGCACAAAUAACAGGCUAAGUGUAUAUGACAACAUGCCCGAUAUCGAACUUGAUAAUUUGGAGGCAGCACAAGUUGGUGAUGAUGAUGUUUUUUCAGAACUGAACAAUGUUAUAGAAGAUGUCAACGGUCUCAAAAAGUUGGUUGAUCAGUGGACAGAGAAGUUCUCAGAUGAUGGGGAUUCAGACUUUGCCAGUGACUUGACCUCUUUGUAUCCAUCCUCACCUAAAGAAAUCUGUCUUGAAACAGACGUCUCAGAAGAUAAGACAGCAGAGCUCCCAACUGUUGAGGGAGAGAGCAGCUCUGAAAUGGGCAAGGAGAUCAGUCCUGCAGACCUGACAUACAUGACAGACUCAAAGAAGACCAACAGGCAUGGGAAGCAACACUGGUCUGUGGACGAGAGCGUGAGCUUGGAUAGCCUUUCCAGCCAGACUGAUAGCCAGUCAGCUGCCCAGCUAGCCCGGACACAAAAGCUGGCUUUGUUGAAACUCACUGCGCUGAUGGACAGAUACUCCCCUUCCAGCAAGCAGGGCUGGAACUGGACUAUACCAAAGUUCAUUAAAAAAGUAAAAGCCUCUGACUACAAGGACAAAAAUGUGUUUGGGGUUCCUUUGCUUCUGAAUGUUCAGCGAACAAGCCACCCACUGCCUAACGGCAUCCUGCAAGCACUGGACUAUUUAAGAAGCCACUUUCUUGACCAGGUUGGCUUGUUCCGAAAAUCUGGUGUCAAAUCCAGGAUUCUGUCUUUGAGAGAAAUGAAUGAAAGCAACCCAAACAACGUAUGUUACGAAGGGCAGUCAGCAUUUGAUGUGGCCGAUAUGGUGAAGCAGUAUUUCCGAGACCUUCCCGAGCCUAUAUUUACCAGCAGGCUCUGUGAAUCCUUCCUCCACAUCUACCAAUAUGUGCCAAAGGAUCAGCAGUUUCAGGCCGUCCAGGCUGCUAUUCUCCUCCUCCCAAAGGAAAACCGAGAAGCUUUGAAAAUCCUCCUGUUCUUUCUGCGAGAUGUGGUUGCUUUUGUUGAGGAAAACCAGAUGACCCCAACCAACAUUGCUGUCUGUCUUGCACCUUCUUUGUUUCACCUCAACACUCUGAGACGGGAUAGUUCCUCCUCCUCCACUAGGUCCAGUCAGAGGAAGUGCAGCCUGGGGAAGCCGGACCAGAGGGAGCUGAGCGAGAACCUGGCAGCAACGCAGGGCUUGGCCCACAUGAUAAUGGAGUGCAACAGGCUCUUCCAGACUGACUUCCCAGCUUGACCACGGCCUUUCCUCGUCAUUAUGGACUUGCCCAGCGAUCAUGAGACUGUGGCUGACCCUGGUUGCUGUCGCUGGACCUGAUCUUGACCUCCCUUGCUGGCUCACCUUCCUGGCUCAACCUCGGCCGCAUCACCACCAAUGGAUGUGUCUGAUGACCUGGACUCUUGGCUGACCCUGGCUGCCACCUCUGGCCCGGCUCAGCGAUCGCCUGAACCCCUCUGCCCGGCCCCUGGGGCUGCCCUGACGCCUGCCCCGCACCCUUCCGUCUGCCCUGGCCCCACGGGAGCUGGCCCCGUCCCUGGCUGCAUGGCGCCCCCGAAAUAGCUCUGCAGGGAGCUGCGGACGCCCUGCACGCUCUGCUACGACCAGGGCACUUCACAAGCGCUGCCACCACCACCAUGAGCUGUGGGGCUGCCCCUCGCUGCAGGGCUCCGGGGCCCUGCCGGCACUCGGGGACCGCCUGGAGGGUGAGGGCUGGUCCCCCUCUGAUGGAGACCUGGAGGAGAGGCCGCAGGCAGCUCAGCGGGCAGCCUCGGCCAUGCCUGCGCCUGGACACACACCCGCCGCUCUGGAACUGCACCCUGACGCCUGGCCCUGCCUGGUCACUGUGGCCAUUGCUGGGCAUCACUGGACUGCGGCCGAUGCCAUUACCAGCACUGAACCUGACCCUGCCCAGCCUGGCCUUGGCACUGAUGGACGCACCCGCAACCAGGACCCUUGGUUGGCCGCCACUGCCAUUCCUGGGCUUGCCCUGCAUCUCCCUCAGGUACCUGACUGUUGCCUUGAUCAGCUCACUAAUGACUUCCAUGAGACAACCAUCCUGAGCACCAGGGCCUCGCACUGCUGGGCUGGGAUGAGACUGCUUGGGUCCCUUGAGAGCUCGGUGCUCUGCUGAGGGAUGCCAGAGAUCUGCUCACCAAAAGCCAGCGGUCUGCUCACACCUGGCAAAUAAGGGCACAGCUACAUCCUCUGCACCGGCUUAAUCCCCAGGAUGUCGAAUCCUUUGGCCAUGACGGUGGCAGUGGCUUCGCACAGCAGCAGUCUCCACAUGUUGACCUUCACGAUCUGGCCUGCAAAACACCACGGAG